AUGCCUGAUGUCUGCGCCUCAGUGCAGAAAGACAGAGUCUCACGGUGGAGCAAAGUUCUGAAAAGGAAAAUGAAGGCUCUGAAGGCAGUGACCCUGGUGCUGCUGCGUAGGAGAAUGAAGGCUCUGAAGGCAGUGACCCUGGUGCUGCUCAUCAGUCUGCUCUUGUUCGGCGUUCACCACGUGGGACUGCUGGGUGAAGAAGGCCUCUGGAAGGCUGCAGCAGGAUGCCAGGCCUUCACCUCCUCCCCCCCCGAACAGCAGGCGCCUUCCGUCCUCUCUGGAUGCGACGAGGAGACGUGGAGGCCAGCAGCGAAUGAAAUAGGAGAAGCACUGAGUAGAGCCCAGAUCCCCAAAGAACAGCUCCAGAUGCUCCAGCAAGAGUUUUAUCACCAGCAUUACAUCACAAGGGAUGUCACCGAGCGUGCUCUCCAUGAAGCCUUGAAGCAGUCUAAGCUCCCAGGCUUUUCUGGAUUGGCUGUUCAAGGGAUCAUCAAUCAAGUCUUGGAGAAGCUGGAAGAAAGCCAAGUCCCGAUGACUGAUUAUGCCCUCAAAUCGUCAGGGGCUGCUGUCAUUCCUGAAUACACAAGUCCAUCCUACCGGAGUUCGGCAUAUAAAAUCGUGUUGUUUUCCCUGCUAUCGCUGGAUUAUGUGAGAUCUCCUGAACUUAUUCUUGAGAAGGAAAAUCAUCCAGGAAACUGCUGGCCCUUCCAUGGAAGUCAGGGACACGUCCUCAUCAAGCUCUCUGUGCCAAUCAUUCCCAGAGCAGUCACCAUGGACCAUGUCUCAGGGCCACCGCUCCUCAAAAACGGUGUCUCCAGUGCUCCAAAGGACUUUGCUGUCUACGCGGUGACGGAAGACCAGGAGGAGCAGCUCCUGGGACUGUUUGUUUUCCUGGCACCACUGAAUCCCACUCAGACCUUUCAGCUAAAGAAUGAGAUCUCUGGGUCUGUGAAUUACAUCCUGCUGCGAGUGCUGAGCAACUGGGGCCACCCGGACUACACCUGCGUAUAUCGGUUCAGGGUGCACGGUGAUCCUGCCAGCAAGGAGGGGAAGGUGGCACUCUGAGCCGACAACAAAGCUCCUUGGUUGUCAUUGAGUGUUCUGCCUGUGAUAAUAAAGUUCUGUGAUUGUCAUUGAA